CGUACGAGUGUCUGUAUGGUCCGCCAGUGAUCACGUUAGACCUUGAGAUACAGAUAGAACCUGUAAAUGAGUUUGUUCCCACUUUCUCUCCAGAAAUAAUAAUCAAAGAUGUCACAGAAAACACAGGUCCAGAUACUCUCGUUGCCUCCUUGGUUUGUACGGAUGCCGAUGACGGCCCGAAUCCAGGAUGUGCAGAUUUCAAGAUUCAAAGCGGGGAUGACUCGACACCAAAGUUUAAAAUGUCCUCCAAUUCCAUACAGACAACUAGUACUCGUGUAGACUAUGAACAGAGGUCCGUUUAUACCUUAAUCAUCACUGCAGCUGAAAACCCGUUACUUGGAUCUCCCAAAACAGGAACAGCUACAGUGUUACUGAGAAUAACACCACUCAACGAUAACAGGCCGGAGUUUCCUGCUUCUGGUUAUUCCGCACAGCUGAUGGAGAACGUUCCCCCGGGGACCUCGGUAGUGACUGUGUCCGCUACAGAUGACGACCUUGGUCCUCGUAGUCAUGGUGAUGUGACAUAUACAAUAACAGGUGGAAAUAGUGAUACAAAGUUCUACAUUGAUCCGGAUUCUGGACUUAUAUCAACCAUUGCACCCCUCGAUUUUGAAACGAGGAGCAGCUAUCAAUUAGAUGUCCAAGCGACGGACGGUGGGGGUGAUAAUGACGUCACUUCCGUUUCUAUUGACGUAGGAGAUGUGAACGACAAUCCUCCAGACUGCAGUAGCUCCCCGCGUGUUGUGGAUAUCGAGGAAACGAAGACGUUCGGGACCAACGUGCUGAAUCUAGCCUGUUCUGACAAUGAUUUUGGAUCAACUUUGACAUACCAGUUAACUAACGAUGGAGGAGGAACGUUCAGCAUUAAUUCAAGGGGAAAUAUCAAUCUGAGAAAAGAUUUGGACUAUGACCUUGGAUUAAGGUCAUAUCAAUUGACUGCGGUAAUAUCUGACGGUGUCCAUAUCGUAACUCUAACCAUUCAGAUGAAGGUUACCCCUGUCAACGAAUUCCCGCCACAGUUUGGGCCCAGUACGUCCAUUUCUGUGCCAGAAAAUAAAAACAUUGGUUCUCUGGUAUACACCGCCAUGGCAACGGACAACGACGCCAUUACUUCUGACCUUGAACCUUUGACCUACUCCAUUUUAACAGUGAGUAACGAUGGUACCACUAAGUUUUGGAUUGACGAGUUUUCCGGUGACAUCGUGUUGAUAAAUCCCUUGGAUUUUGAAAGUUUCCAGAAUUACAUUGUAACAUAUGUAGCAGCUGACCAUGGGAAUUUAAAGGCCACGAGUAGUGUAACCAUAUCAGUGGAGAACAUCAACGACAACGCCCCUGUCUGCUCCCCGGACGCUGUCCCCCUCCAGGUCACAGAGGAUACAGUCACCACAACAACAAUAUAUGCGUUGAACUGUGAUGAUGAAGAUGGAGAUCUUCUCCAGUAUACCAUCCAAGAACAUCAACCAAACGAUGCAACCCUGAACGUCACUUCCUCUGGGACGAUCGUUGUCAACAAGCCUCUAGAUUUCGAAAACCAGCCGUUCUAUAGAGUAAAAGUGGGUGUGUCAGAUGGGCAGUGGUCUGACACGGUCACGGUAGCCAUGUUUGUCACUGAUGUCAACGAAGGAGCGCCUGAAUUCAGUAGUUCGGGCAUAUACAACGCCACUCUUUUGGAGACAGCUAAAACAGGGGAAUUCGUUCUGCAAGUGUCCGCCACAGAUGUUGACCAGAACUUAAUAUCAUUUUCAUUUGGCGUUAACUACAAUAGCUUUAUAGUGGACCCCUACAGUGGGGACAUUUACUUGUCGGGGCCCUUGGACAGGGAGACUGUGCCGCUGUAUACACUGCUUGUGUUGGCAACUGACGGAUCCAGUACUUCUACCGCGACCGUGUACGUCAACGUGAAGGAUGUCAACGAGGCCCCGGCAUGUAUACAGGACAAGUACACGUUCACGACCAUCGAGGGAUCCCCUAUCAUGACAUUGGUAGGACAGGUGUCUGCUUUAGACCCAGACAAAGAAGGCACUAACGGUGACGUUCAAUACGCCAUAGAGUCAGGCAAUGUUCAUUCUCACUUCUCCAUCGAUCCGGACGACGGACGGAUAACCAUCGCCUAUCCCACUGAUUACGAGGAGGGGACUUCGUUUGACCUUGUGGUAUCUGUCACAGAUCGGGCCACAUACCCUUUAUCAGAUCGGUGUACGGCCGCCAUUACUAUAGUGGACGUGAAUGAUAAUCCUCCAGUCUUUAAUCCAAGGGCAUUGUUCUCGUCGGUCACAGAAUCCGCUCCAAAAGGGACAUCUGUUACCCGUGUCUCUGCGAGAGACGCUGACUCGGACCUAGAUGGCAAUAAUAGGUUCUCGUAUAGUAUGGACUCCAUCACUCCAUUUAAAGUUCAUCCCACUACCGGAAUAGUGACUGUAGACAAACCACUGGACCGUGAAACAGAGGAUAGAUACUUUAUAACCGUCCUGGCCAUCGAUGAAGGGAGUUCACCUCAAACAGGAAUGUUAACCCUGGAAAUCAGCAUAGAAGAUAUCAAUGACAACACUCCACAGAUUAUUGGUGACUAUAAUACACAGGUGUCAGAGGGAUCUCCCGUACAGACUGUAGUGUUUCAGAUGUCUUCUAACGACGGUGAUUCGGGUGAGAAUAAAAGGCCUUAUUACUCAAUUGUGUCCGGUAAUUACGAUUCUUCUUUUAAGAUAGAGCCUUUCAGUGGAUAUGUCCAGGUCUCCGCCGCUUUGGACCGUGAGACCCGUUCUGUCUAUUACUUGGUCAUCAAAGUUUCUGACCUUGGAUCUCCUCAGUUAUACUCCACUGCUACAGCGACCAUUACAAUAUCUGAUGUCAACGACAACCCACCUACGUUUAUACAGGGAGAGAGAGAAUUUUUUGUUGAUGAAAACGUGCCAUUUUAUACGAAAGUUGGUAGAUUGGAUGCUGUUGAUAAAGACGAAGGAGUUAAUGCGCAGCUGUUUUACAAAGUAGCAGAAUUUAUCUCAGGCCCACCCGGGAGUUUUCUCAUAAAUGAAACAUCGGGAGAAAUAUUCACCAACAUGGCGUUGGAUCGUGAGAAAGAAUCAUUUUUUCGGUUAAAGAUUUCUGUAACAGAUGCCGGCACCCCUGAAUUGUCAGCGGAAGAAAUUGUAGAAAUAACAGUUCAAGACACGAACGAUAAUUACCCAGAAUUCCAAGCUGCUUCUUACACCAAAACGGUCGCCGAAAAUAUUCCUGUUGGAUCAACAAUUAUAACUACUGCUGCUAUCGAUGUCGACCUGGGAUUCUUCUCUGAGAUAUCAUACGAACUUGAUCUAUCGACAGCUGACGGUCUCCUUGCUGAUUUUUAUAUCACGAUUCAUCCAUAUUUUGGUGACAUCAUAUUAAAGCGUCCACUUGACUUUGAAGCAGAUGAUGUUCUAUUCAUGACUGUAAUAGCAAAAGAUGGCGAUUCUCCUCCAAAAUCAACGACCACAAAUGUCACAAUCUACGUCACUGAUGUCAAUGAUAAUCCGCCCAAGUUUUCCCCUCUGUUUUAUAAUGCCGAGGCUCCACUCACAGAGGUGUGUGAGUUCAUCAUUACUACAGUAACAGCCACGGACAGGGAUCAGACAAACAAUGCCGAACUGUUUUACUUGUUGGAUCCAGUCGAUGAACAAUCACCAUUUCAAGUCAAUUUUGAGUCAGGCGAAAUGAAAGCUAGAAAUAAUCUCAAUGAAUCUCAAUACGUCAUCAAAGUAAUCUCCAAGGAUAACGGUGAGCCACGUCUGACGUCACAGAGCGCGACAGUAAGAAUUGACACAUUCCAAACAGACCUCCACGUGAUUUCAUUCGUUCUAUCUUUAACAAAGAACCAGUUUCUGGGCGUUGAGGCUGACUUCUUGUCUGAAGUGACAUCAGCCAUAAGGCUUACGUAUCCAUUGGCUUACGUCAGACGCUGGUGUUUGCAUGAGGAAGAUGGUAAAACUACGGUUCAAUUGUACGCUGUCGAGGACGAUUUGAGUGACUGGAUUUAUAAUCUCCAUUUGCCUAAACCCUUUCUAAAGACUGAUGAGACCAUACCACUGUUUGACCCGUACGGGAUAAACGCAGACAUUUGGAGCAGAUUUUCAGUGACGGAUGUGACUGGAUUUGUUCCACCAGAACCAGUGGAUAUCAACCCUGAGGUGGCCCCCGUCAGUGACACACAGACAGACAAAGUUGACCCCUUUGCCGUGGCCCUUCCAAUUUUCUUCCUUCUCUUGCUUCUUUUAAUCGCCAUAUUACUUCUCCUCGCGUGGAAGCGUAAAUGGUGUAGAAAAGGAAACAAAUCAGAAAAGGUGGAACUCCCCGAGAAGUCUCCCUCUGCUCCUAGCAGUCCUCGCCUGUUAUCUCCAAACAGUGUAAAGAUAACUCCAGAACCAGAGCCACAAACUGAAAGUCCAUCUCCUGAGUUCAAUCAACGGCCCACCACAAACAAUCCAUUCAACAAACGGGGAGUCGAUCCAGUUACAGGCUGGGUCUAUGUUGAGAAUUCAAUGACCAGAGAGAGACUUUGGAUUAGAUCUCCCAGUCAGGAUCCUCUGUAUACACAGAUGGCGGCCCCGUUUGGAUCGUGAAAUUUCAUUAACUUUGGCUUGUUGCAUUUUGUAAAUGUUGUGUACAUUGUUGAAGUUAAAAGAAUAAAAUAUUGAAGCGUUGAAUCAGUUUUAUUUCUGUACCUUUAAUGAAAGUUUAACUUUUAAUUGAAAUGUUACUUUUUAUUCUUCAAGAAACUGUAGUGUUCUAAAAUCAAUACAGCAAUGAUGUAUCGCAUCAACAAUGUUUAGUUUGUUACACAUUACUUUGUGUGCAUUCAACAAUCAAUUAAAUGUUUGU